GAUCAGUUCAAAAGAGAAAGAAGAAGUAGCAUCGGGCGACCGAGGCUGAGAUGAAGCUACGACUGAAUUAAAACCUUCUGUGUGCAGAUUUGAAGAGGGAAGCUGUGAAGGUAUGUUCACUUGGAAUCGACUUUAAUGCCCUACUUUAAGUUUGAGCUUUUUGCAAUGUCUCUUAGUUAGUAAAGACACUAUUUUGAUAGUGGCCCCGGCUCGCUUGACUCACGGUUAUAUGUUAGCUUCUGCCGCUAAUGUUAGCUCUGCGGCUAACUUCAGCCAUCAACUGUGUUGACAUGUUUCAUGUUGGAGUCUGUCAAGAAAUCCUACUAAGUAGUGCUCGGAAUUAACACGAAUGUUGCCAAUAUUUUAAAAUUGUACGUCUAAGUGUAGUGUUUCGAGAACGACCGAAUGAAUGAGUGAAAGAAACGUAGUUUUUUCUCAAACAUCCUAAAUGUGGAGAUUAGCAGGCUGUGACUGUGGUUCGCGCCACCGCUCCAGCUGCACACAUGUCUGCUUCCUCAUGUCACUAUGUCCUUAUUUCAACCUCUAAUAUUUCUUCCUUGUCUGUUUCUCUCUACCUUUGCAAGGAGUAAGGUGCGGCCGAACAAGACCAAGGUGAUUCUGCUGAGUCAAGUCAGCUGUGGUCGUUGUUUUAUAUUCAGAGUUGUAAACUCCUGACACACAGCUGAGGUACCUGCUGUGGUGAGCUGUCCAAACUGCGCUUAGUCCUCUUUGUUGGGGGCAGAGAACUAACCUGAGGAGCGGAGGAGAUGGACCAAAACAACAGUAUACCAGCCUUUCAGGGACUGGCCUCCCCUCAGGUAAUACUGGGUUUAGGUUUCCUGUGUUUGAGACAUUUUCAUACACUUCACCUUGGUACAAACACGAUUUUAUCGAGUCAUAAAGAGGAGUCCUUGUGGUCCCCUGCAGUCUCUUGCUUAUUUUUUUCUUAAUUAGUUUAUGGACAUCAGUUACUGCUCAUCCAAGGAGAAGUUUGAUAAUUAGGUAGCCCGUAAUAAUCAAACCUAGGCAUCUACAUCACAAAGUGAGCUUCUCACAUCCUGAGUAUCUUAAAGUUAUUUGACUUCACCAACCUUGGCCAUCAGGAGCCUGUGCUCAACUGCCCCAUGAAGCUGGUUGUCAACUUGAUGAGUCAACCCAGAGUUACUCUGAGUGUGUUUACAUGAACUAGUGGUGUAAGCUACUCAAUCAGUCUCAGACAAGAACAGGUCUUCUAUCUGUAAACUAUCAUAUCACACUGCAAACUCUGCAAACUGGAUAUAUAUUUAAUAUAUAGCUGAAAUCUUUGUGAGGUAUGUCAUGUAUUGUGUCUGUAAGCAAGUGUAGCUCUCAGGGGUCACAUAAGUACUAGGGGUUUUACAAUGACCGUUUUGUAUUUGUUGCCAAAUUUUUCAAAAUGGUAGUUGGCUGGUUCUCAAUGAAAGACAGGUGUAGUAAAAAAAAGUUCUAAUACCAAAUGAAAACUGUACUCCAAAGCAUACUGUUGUGACGCAUCGUAUAUGUGAAUUUAGAAUCACAAUGUAUUAUAGCACUUUCAUUUAUUAAAAUAGCAGUUUGGCUUUAAACAAAACAAGCCUCUAGUAGUGGGCUGGUAUUGAUUAUUGACUAUUUGAUGAGUUGAUUAUUGCCUUAGGACUGGUGAGUGGUUAAGUGGUACUGCUGUUAUUUUACUUAAAAUUGAGAUUAUUUACAUGUUUUACCCAAACAACAGAUAAGACAGGUGCAAGGUGUAAAAAAACAAAACAGGAUUUGUGGGGAUGGUUGGUUUUUGGAUUAUCAUUUUUAAGCAUCUACUGUUCUACAGUGGCUUUUCUGCUCCUUUUCACUCAUAUAUUUUGUGAUAUGUCAUUGUAUAGGGUGCCAUGACCCCAGGCAUGCCAAUCUUCAGUCCCAUGAUGCCGUAUGGCUCAGGCCUGACACCGCAGCCUGUCCAAAACACGAACAGUUUGUCUAUACUAGAGGAACAUCAAAGACAACAGCAGCAGCAGCAACAGCAGGCGCAGCAGGCAAACACAGGUACAACAUAGACGCUCAAAUUCGUCUUCCUACAGAACCACCAUGAAGUGAGAUCUGGAGCUGCUAUUUUCCUCAUUUUUUCUCUAGGUGUUUUAUGUCCUAGUCUUGGGCAUAGUGAAAGUAAAACACUGAUUAGAAUUAUCACUUUGUUUCCUCUAGGCCUUCCUGGCACAUCAGGGCAGACCCCUCAGCUGUACCACUCCCAGACAGUAGCAGGUUCAACCACCACAGCACUGCCAGGAAACACCCCACUCUACAACACACCGCUGACCCCCAUGACUCCAAUCACACCGGCCACACCAGCGUCAGAAAGCUCUGGAAUAGUACCUCAGUUACAGUAUGUGAUUUUUAACAGAGACAAAAAUCAUUGUCAUUUUAUGUUGCUUGUGUUAAUUACUCUUAGAACUGUCUAGCUUUAUCUUAUAUUUCACUUUGCAUUUGUCAGUGUUGACAUUAAAGGAACAGUGCCAUUUUUUAUUUUGAGGACGAGUUAUAUAAAGGUCUUGUUUUAGAGAAACCAGCCAGAGAACUGGAACGGAGGCUGGCGAUGGUAUUUCAGGAUCCCUCUGAAUCAGAGGAUACCAGCAGCUCACAGCGAGUCUGCAUAACUCAUCAACCAGAGUUCCCUGCUGUAAUGAACACCACUAUCAUUCAAAAGUUUAACCAGAAAUGCUCAAAUGGAAGUCUUUGAAGUCACAUGUCCAGCUCUUAUAAUUUCUUUAAUGUGCAUGACAUGUUAACCAUAUCAAAAUACACCGUUAGCUGCCCAAGAGGAAGGCUGAGCAGAAAUAACAAACUCCAUGUACACCAGAUACUGUUCAGCAUUUGAUGCUUAGAAAUCAAGAGAUUUUGAGAUAGAGCUGACCUCACCUGUAGGCAUUGUUAGCCUAGCUUCUGUGCUCGUUCUUUGGCUGGUUUCUUGUCUAAGCUGAGCAGUGUCCUCUAUUGGUGAUACACUUACAAAGACCUCACUUACAAUCCCACUGCAGAAAAGAGCUAUCCCUUCAAGGCGAAUCUCACUACUAGAUGAUUUUAUUAGAAAGAGCAACUUUAACACAAAAGUGGUUGAACUUCAAACCCUCACUCAGUUCUUUUCUGUACUUUUUAAUUUUUUCUACAAAGAAAUAUUGUAUCCACUGUAAACCUGGGCUGUAAACUGGACUUGAAAACCAUCGCUCUGAGAGCCAGAAACGCAGAGUACAACCCAAAGGUAAGUCUGAUAAACAUUUCUGUCUUUAGAGUAGCUCCCAACAUGAAUUUUUUAUCUGCCAUGGUGUUGAUUUAACGUUUUGUGCACUACCAUCAUCAUACCUGAACUUCCUCUUAAACAUAAGAAAUACUGAAGCUGCAUGGACCAAAUACUGCCUUAAAGUUUGCUUUAGGUGCACUUAUUUGAAAUGACCUGUAGUAUUUCAGUUAUGGAGAGGCUCUGCAGGCUGUUUAUAUUCUUACUCUCUUUAUCUCUUGUAGCGUUUUGCUGCUGUCAUCAUGAGAAUACGAGAGCCUAGGACCACUGCUCUCAUCUUCAGCUCAGGAAAGAUGGUCUGCACUGGAGCUAAGAGGUCGGAAUAACUAACCUGCUCAAGUUCAUAAUAAAUUCUUUGCUCAGUUCUAUCUGUCAGAAACUUUUUUCAGCCCUUAACUGACUUAAAAUGAGACACUCAGUACAUUCUUGACUUUAAUCUGACCUCAUGUCCUCUCAUUUAUACUUGUCUAAAGUUUUGUCUUAUUUUUUUCUCUCCAGUGAGGAGCAGUCACGGUUAGCUGCCAGAAAAUAUGCUCGUGUGGUGCAGAAGCUUGGAUUCCCGGCUAAGUUCCUGGACUUCAAAAUUCAGAACAUGGUGGGAAGCUGCGAUGUGAAGUUCCCCAUUAGACUGGAGGGAUUGGUGCUCACACAUCAACAGUUCAGCAGGUAAAAGUUUGCUUUGUGUCUUGUGCAGCUAAUAUUCACUCUUUUCCGUGGUAAGAUGUCUGCAUGGGGAGCAUUUUAACUUUCCAUAGAGACAGGGAAAUGCGCUUCCUUGAAUGAAAAAAGUCUCUAAAUCAGAGAAUCUUCUGACAGCAUGAAUGAGUCAAAACUUAAGUUGCAUUUAAAAAUGGCAUUUUAAGAGUGCAGAGAGGAUUAUUUUCACACUAGUUUUGUGUGUGUGUGAUCUCUGUGGUGCAUAAAUGAAUUUGUCUGUUUCAGCUACGAACCAGAGCUGUUUCCUGGAUUAAUCUACAGAAUGAUCAAACCUAGGAUCGUCCUGCUCAUCUUUGUUUCAGGGAAAGUUGUACUCACAGGUAAGAACAGCUUCUCGCCUCAGUCAUUUAUUUCACAUCCACUCACGUCACUUAGCGAGUGUGUAUCGAUGUAAGUCUCCACAAAACUGGGCUGAUAAUUAGAAACUGCUCUGUUAUCCUGAAUAUCAUGUAUGUGGUUGUAUAGAGGACUUCUGUUACUGUCAUAGACUUCACCAGUAAACAGUUUUUGUUGUUUGUUUUUCAGGUGCCAAGGUCAGAGCAGAAAUCUACGAAGCUUUUGAAAACAUUUAUCCUAUCUUGAAAGGCUUCCGCAAAACAACGUAGAACCUGCAGCUCUUUCCCCUCUUUUUUAAGCCCUAUCUGUUUUUACUCCAAAUUUUUUAAAAUGACAUCAAGUCAAUUUGUUGACCUUCCAGUGAACUGCUGUUGGGGCUUUUGUACAGGGAUGUGUCAUUUUCUCUUUUUGUUAGUUUUCUUCUAUCCAGUUUUUGCUGUUCGCUUAGAAACAGUGUAAGCUCUUGGAUGCUGUUGUGAUCACAGAUUAUGGAAUAUUUUACACCAGUACACCUCUCUAUUAAGUUCGAACUUAUAAACAUUUGUUUUCUUAGGUUUUUUUUUAUUAUUAUUUUUUUGUCUCACUCACAUCCCUGAUUGUACAUAGGACUGUAAAGAAUGUGAAAAAUGGUAAUGAGAAGAGAAGCAGUCGAAGUAGGACUGUUUUUGUUUUAUUUUCAGCUAUUGUAACUAGUUUUUUUACAUUGCAUUUUUACCAAUCGUCAGUUCUGACCACAAGUUUUAGACAUGUUCAGUACUGCAUUUCUUUUAACAGUAUUCACAAUAUCAGUCUCCAUUUUUACUCUCAUUAUGCCUUCAUGAACCAAAAAGAGAUAUUUGCCGGUUCUCAUUUUGGGAAUAUUGGAUGUGACCAAGUCGUCCUCUCUGAAGCAGUGACUAAAAUGGAUCCUCUGAAGUUUAUAUCUGUCAGGAGUUCAACUAAAUUAAUCCAAAUCCAGUUUCAUUAGUUUCCAUCAGGUAGCUGUAAUAGUUUUGAGGUUUUGUUCUAAAAUCCAACCUGAAACAAAACCGUGCUCAUCAGCUUUUUGAUUUUACUGGAUGCCUUGUCUGGAGCGUGAUUAAGAAUAAGGUUUUAGAAACAGAACCAAAAUGUGAAGGAAAAUUGACUUUUGAUGUUUUGCUCAUCUUGAAUUCACAUUUUACUUCUUCCUUUCAUAGGCACUAAAAACAUCCUGUCAGCAGUUCAUCUUUAUUAUAUUUAUGUUGCUUUAUGUUUCCUGAGUUUUCCAUUCAAGAAUUUAGUUAAUGUCACUUUUUUUGAGCAAUUGUUUACUUAAGCAGAUGACUGUAAGUCAUUCUUGGCUGUUCACACUGUGUGCUUGAACAGAAACAAGUUAAGUGUUUGGGCACUUGUGACUGUAUCACAACCACUUUGACUGUCACGCAGAAUCUGUAUGUCUGCUACCUGAAGGCUGUGUGGACAGCAGGAUAGCUGGAAAAAUUAGAGAAUUACACUUAACCCAUCUAUUAUUAAUUUCUACUUUUACCAGCAGGUCUAAACUUAGCAGCAGCUAACCCAGAGUUGAUUAAGUCAAAUGAAAAUAUCCACCUGGAAUUGUUUUGCUGCACUGUCCACUAAUAAAUAUGUACAUACUGGC